AAUGAAAAUUUCAUCCGGAAAACUUCUCCCCUAUUUAUAAUAUCAAUCUAAUUUUAUAUGAUUUGCUAUUUUUCACUAUCUUUGUAAUAUUAUUUGAAAAGUCAGUUUUCCAACAUAUCGCGAUAACCUUAAUUUUUAGAAUGAUUAAUUACAAUGAUAUCAUUAAUGAACUAAAAAUAGAAUUAAUGUCAUUAUUAUAUUUUUCUUUCUUUUUUUUCUUUUUUGAUAUUUUUGCCUUUUUAUUUAUAUUAGUUUCCAAACUACAUAUAUAAAAAGGCAAUAGUUAUAAAUUUUAAAACGUGGUUAGUAUAUAUAAAUUGAUUUAAUAAAACAUAAAUUUCAUAAAAAAUAAGAUCCAUAUUAAAAGAAUUCCUUGUACAACAUAAUCUCAAACAAUACAAUAGAUAUUUUUGAGAUAAAUUUUUUUAACUAAAAUUAAAUAUCACUUUCUUUUUUUUAUUAGUUUUCAAAUAACAUAUAUAAAAAAGGAAAUACAUAUAAAAAUUAAAACCGGGUCAUAUGAUUAUAAAUUGAUUUCAUUAGAAAAGGAAGUUUCAUUUGCCCAAAAAUGGAAAUUUCAUUAAAAAAAGAUUCAUGUUGAAAAUAUAUAUAUAAUUUCUAUAGUUUAUUUAUUAAUUAUAAAAUAAUUUAAAUAUACAUAGGAUAUUGAUUAAUUACUAUAGUUUAUUCAUUACUAAACAUGUGGCAAAAUGAGUUCUAGUGAAUAUCUAACAUGAUCUUUUGUUUCUCUUUCCUAAUUUUUUUUUAUUAAUAAGAUAUCUAAAGAGUUUUUACGAAUAGAGUUGUUCUUAACAAUUGGAAUUUUUUUUACCGGAAGCUUAAAGAAAAAAAAUGCAUAUAAAACGGUAAUUAACAAGUAAUGCUAAGAAAAAAAAUUAGUUAAUGAUAUUUUACAGUUAAACAGUCGAAUAUGUAUAAUAAACUAAUAAUUCAAUAUUCUUGUACAAUGUUUUUUUUUUUUUAAUGAAUGAAUAUUAAAUUUAUUCACCAAAAAAAGCAUUUUUACAACUAGUGCAUACUGUUUACUGAAAGACUUUAAACUCCAAAAAACAACUUAAACAUUUGUAAUUCUAGUUAAAAACCAAAAUUGCAUCAUCUCAUCCAUUCCUUUGACUUCCUUCCUUCUCAGAACACUGAUUUUGUUUCUGAUCCCUUUGUCUAUCAUUCUCUGCACCACAGAUAGUGGAAGCAACUUAUCCCCAUGCCUCACUUUAUUGAGUUCCCUCCACACUACAUAAAGAACUAACUGAAAAGCAUAACGUAUGCAAAACAACCACUUCUUCUCCUUGUUUCUAUCUAUUAUGAGCUCCAUAAUCUCAGACCAGACAUUAGUAUAACAGCUCCCCAUAAUACCUUUGACCGCCUUUUCCCACAUUUGAGCAGAGUAACAACACUCAAAGAACAGAUGCUCUCUCGAUUCAGUGCCCGAGGUACAAAGCACACAAGUGGUAACAGUACCUUGGCUCCAUUUAGCAAUCCUAUCCAGCGUCGAUAAUCUAUCCCGAGCUGCUAACCAUGCCAUAAAAGUGUAUUUAGGAGUGGCCUGCUUCAUCCAUAUUCCUCGAGACCAGACACAGUAAACUUUACUCACUCUCAACAGCAACCAAGUUUCUUGAGUAGAAAAAAGCCUUGUACAAUGUUUUUAAAUGUUAAGGAAAUGAAUAUUUUAACAUUCGAUUUCAUAAACAAUUCGUCCUCCUAUAUAUGAAUUUACAGGAUUUUAAAAGUGUUAUUUCUUAGUUGAUAUGUAUACACUAGUGUAUAGACAACUAAGCUGCUGCUGCCAUAUUUUUAACUAAAAUAACAAGUACUAUAUAGGCCAUCAAGUUGGAUAAAUAUAUUUUUCACCUAUAAAUAAUGUUGAACGUAUAUGUUCUCCCUCUCAUCCCAAAACAAAAUUCCUUACUAUCUCUUCUUCAAACCCGAAUAAAAAUAUAUCUCUCUCUCCUACUCCAUUGUAAUGGCUUCGUCACUUCUAACAUACUCCAUUAUGAUCCCCACCACCGGUUCCACGGUGGUUGUCCGGUCAGUGUUACCCAUUGAAUCUUCACUGCCCUCUCUCCGCCGCCUAACCUAUCCGCACAAGAAGCCAACCUUGUUCAUCUCAUUUUUCUCCUCUAAGUCCCAAAAGGCCGCAACUAGUAGUAUUGACCUCCAGCCCGUCAUGAAACGGUGGCCAGAGUACAUACCUAACAAGAUCGCCGACAAGAAUUAUGUGAGAGUAUUUGACACGACGCUCCGUGAUGGCGAACAAUCUCCCGGUGGAGCUCUUACUCCCCUUCAGAAGGUAGAGAUUGCUAGGCAACUCGCUAAACUCCGAGUAGACGUCAUGGAUGUCGGUUUUCCGGCGUCGUCUGAGGAAGAGUUAGAAGCCGUUAAAAGCAUUGCCAAGACCGUCGGUAACGAGGUGGACGCGGAAACAGGUUACGUCCCGGUAAUAUGCGUCAUCGCACGAUGCAAACAUGAGGACAUCGAGGCCGCUUGGGAGGCGUUAAAGUACGCGAAGAGGCCGAGGAUAUUCCUAUUCAUAUGCACAAGUGAAAUUCACAUGAAAUAUAAGUUGAAGAAGACUAAAGACGAAGUGAUCGAGAUGGCGAAAAGUAGUAUUAGAUUCGCUAAAAGAAUAGGCUUUAGUGACAUCCAAUUUGGUUGCGAAGAUGGCGGCAGAUCAGACAAGGAUUUUCUAUGCAAGAUUAUGGGAGACGCAAUAAAUGAGGGCGUAACGACGGUGACCCUCGCGGACACGGUAGGGAACAACAUCCCUCAAGAAUUUGGAGAAAUGGUGACCUAUCUCAAAACAAACACUCCUGGAAUUGAUGAUGUUGUCUUCAGCCUUCAUUGUCACAACGACCUUGGUCUUGCUACCGCCAACACAAUCUCCGGUGUGUGUGCGGGAGCAAGACAAGUCGAAGUAACGAUCAACGGAAUAGGCGAAAGAAGUGGGAAUGCUUCGCUUGAAGAGGUUGUACUGGCUUUGAAAUGUCGUGGAGCAUAUGUGAUGGAUGGUGUUUACACAAGAAUAGACACACGCCAUAUCAUGGCUACUAGCAAGAUGGUUCAAGAGUAUACUGGCUUGUAUGUUCAACCACAUAAACCCAUAGUAGGUACCAACUGUUUUGUUCAUGAGAGCGGCAUUCACCAGGAUGGAAUUUUGAAACAUCGGAGUACAUAUGAAAUAUUCUCACCAGAAGACAUUGGGGCCGAAAAAUCUCAAGAUUCAUGCAUUGUUCUUGGAAAGCUUAGUGGACGUCAUGCUGUGAAAGAUCGGCUAAGAAAGAUAGGAUAUGAAAUCAGUGAUGAGAAGUUCAACGACAUUUUCUCACGAUUCAGGGAGUUAACCAAGCAGAAAAAGAGGAUUACGGACGCUGAUCUUAUUGCAUUAGUGGCGUACGGUGAUAAAAUCGCAUCAGAAAAAUUAACUAUUAACGGAAAUGGCAGCUCUCUAUUUGUAUAAGAUGACAUUACUUUGACAAAAAAAUGUAAUAAGAUGACACAUCAAAUGGGAUUUGAGAUGCAUGUGUUCUUGUAAUGAAUAGAAUAAUAAUCAGUGUUGUUGGAGAAUGUUUUCUUA